UUGUUAGACCAAUAAAGCACUUUUAACGGAAUGAAUCGACUUUUCGUGAUUAAUGUUUUCCAUGGUGACGCAUUCACUAUGGUACAUUCUCGACAAACUUCCGCAAGUGGGCGGGGCUCCUGCGAGCAGAGAGCUGCCGUUCAUCCAAUGAAAUCCCUCAGCGGUGCAGCUGGUGGCAAUGCAGCGGGUGAAUGAAAGUACAUAAAGGAGGCCUUAAACAGAAACCUGAACGAACGGUUUCAGACGCAAGGUGUUUUGUUUUUACUCGAAUUCGGCGUUUGUUGGCAUUUCUUUGCUUUCUGGACUGUUUACGACCUGACAACUGAGUAAAUAUUUCAACCCGAUAAACAGAAGGACAACGACGAGGAAGCAGAUGUCCUGUGUGUGCUGGGAAUUAAGGUGAAUACCAGGAUUUUCCAGUCAUUCAAGCCCUUGAGUGAUUGUAGCCGACUGAAGAGGUUGCCAUGAAAGGAGUGAACUCCAGGUCUGCAUUCCUUCUGGGCAUUCUGGUAGGCUACUGCACUGUUUACUUCUUCCUGAAGGAGGUGUGGUUCAAGCAAAGCUUGAGCGUGUGGCACCGUGUACAACAGGUUGAGCAGAACAGCUACAGGAGCACUUCUGGAAACUUCAGCUGGAAGAUGCAACAUUUUGCCCGCAUCAACCUGAGUCACCCUCAUCAUACAGAAGAAGACCGCCAUGUUGCAGAUGCGCUUUACAAAAAAGUACGUAUCCUGUGCUGGGUCAUGACAGGCCCUGACAACCUACAUUCAAAGGCACGGCACGUGAAAGCAACAUGGAGUCGUCAUUGCAACACGGUGCUGUUCAUGAGCUCGGUGGAGAAUCGUGACUUUCCAACAGUGGGUCUUGGAACAUCAGAAGGACGUGAUCAGCUCUACUGGAAGACCAUCCGAGCCUUCCAUUACGUUCUGAAGAACCAUGGCGAGGAAGCAGACUGGUUCCUUAAGGCUGAUGACGACACUUUUGUGGUCGUGGAGAACCUGCGCUGGAUUCUGUCCAACUACUCCUCCGAGGAGCCGAUCUACUUUGGCAAGCGCUUCAAACCCUACGUCAAGCAGGGCUACAUGAGCGGCGGAGCUGGAUACGUGCUCAGCAAGGAGGCACUGAGACGAUUUGUGCAGGGCUUCAGCACCGAAGUGUGCACUCAUACUACCUCAGUGGAGGACCUAGCCAUGGGUCAGUGUUUGGAGAAGAUGGGUGUGAAGGCAGGAGAUUCGAGAGACAGUGUACAGCGUGAGACUUUCCACCCAUUCAUCCCUGAGCACCAUCUCACUAUGACUUUCCCCAAAUCCUUCUGGUACUGGAAUUACUGCUAUUAUCCCAUUGUGGUGGGUCCACAGUGCUGCUCUGAUCUUGCCAUCUCCUUCCAUUACGUGGACUCUGAGCUGAUGUACAUUCUAGAGUACUACACGUACUACCUGCGGCCGUACGGCUAUCAGCACCGCUACCGAGCGCCAGAUCCAGCUCUCCUCAACACAAUAGUGAACACUGAAAGACCAGGGAAGGUCACUGUGAAAGUAACUCAGCAUGUAGCAGAACUACCAAAGGCGUCAGACCAGGCGCAGCUGAUCCACGCCAGACAAGAGGGACAGGGGAAUAUCGGGGGUGACUUGGGACAAGAGACAGUUCAAGAGAAUCACCCAGCAAACGGCAGCCCUGCAACCAUUAAGGAGAGCCAGAGAUGAGUGUUUUAUGUCGAGAAAAGGAACGUGUGCAUGGACAUGUAAUGUCAAUUGAACAUGGUGAUCUCGUGCAGCAAGUUCCUCAGAAGCUUAAAGGCAGUAACAGUUUCCACAGGUUUAUAUUAAUGCGCUUGUUCUAAAUCAUUAUUGUUUCUACAGUUAUAGAUAUUCAGACACACUGAUACGAUGAAACUUUGUCAAGAGAUGCUUGUUUAUGGAAGGAGUCUCCAGUGUGAGCACUUUGUUACAGUCAGUAAGUUUUCCACCACAAGAGUCUUCAGGACUGGCCACACAAGAUAUUUAUAGCUGCUAUAACACAAGUCAUAACUAUUGUCUCAUACAUUAAAUGUAACUAUAAAUGGAUAAAAGCUAUCCUGUUUUAAUAAAUAAAAGUGGUAAUUAUCAAAGUGCUGUGGUAUAAGAGGAAUAAAUUACUUUAUGGUGUGCUCUUGUAGGAAAUUAAUCAACUUUGGAGUGGUAAUUGUAAUUAUCAAAGUGAAAUAUUCAUUUUCCUAUAACCCCAUGUCCUCACUUCAAGGCAUUCGAAAGUCCCAAGUGUGUAGACUGGUUUCUUCACCUUAAUUUAAAUUUAAAUUUCACUUCUGCCAGCUAGUAACAUUAAUGUUGAUGUUCUGGACAGCAAUACACUUGCAAUCACAUCACUGUUCAGGUGUCUCGUUUACCAAGUGGACAGUUGAUUGCAUCUUUUCCAGGAGUUAAUUAUUCAGACAUUAAUUUGUUGUCAGUGUUUCAUUAACCUCCUGUAUUCAAUAUUUAUUUUUUGCUCUGCAGUGUUUAAUGGGAGAACUAGCCCUGUGUAAAUGAUGAUGAUGAUGAUGAUGAUGAUGAUGCACUGUAAUUAUGAUUUACAACAACUGAAAUGUCUUUGUACUGAGAAAUGGACACUGACCAUUUAAAAUAUUUUCUCUUAAGUUAUUAUGCCGCAAAUGACAUCGGUGUACAUGAUUUAUUUUCUUUCUUAAAUUGCUUGGGCUUAAUGCGAGGGUAUUUUUUUUUUUUUUUUUUUUUUUUUUUUUUUUUUUUCCCUUCCCCCUUCCCUUUUCUUUUCUUUGGAGGAUGAUCUGGUUACUGUUUAUUACUGUUUAAGUUCUGCGACUGUGUUGUUGCAAAGAAAUUUUGACCACUAAUAAAGCCUGUAGGACUCAGA